UUCAAAAUACAAGCAAACAUGACACACGUUCCACAAUAUGAUGUCUACAGUUUAAACUAAGAAAAAUGUUCUUCCCUCGUUAAUACGCCAGUGAAAGUAGCAAUACCACAAUGUGCAAUUAAAGUCCCUAAAAUUAUAUAAGUAGUCUACAGCAGAAUGUAGGUUUCAAAGUUUAAAAAACAAGUUAUGCAGAAUACACAGUCGUGUAUAUCAUAAAAUAACGGCAGGAUAAACUUGUGUCGAAUAUUUCUACGGACACCGACGGGAUAAACAAACGAGAAUAGUCUGUUGAAAUGUUAUUGUAUGGUAUAAAUAAGUCAAAAACGCCACGGUCAAGUUUUGCGACCUUUGCGUCCACAGAUGAUAACGAUCAAAACUCAACGUCUGUGUUAGCAGAAGAGCUGUCCACUGGUAGCUAUGGUAACAGUAAACAGGUGGAGAACCGGGCUCGCCGUGCAAACUCAACCCUCCGGUGAAACUCAACCGACACCUGUGGACCUCAGCAGCAGUGUGUGUGUGUCUGGCCAAACCAUGAAGCUGUGCAAAAGGAAAGGUUCCCCUGAAGAAUGAGACCUGAUGUUAGUAUGGAGGCCAGCAGUUCCAGACGGUCUGUCCAGCUGGGCCAGAAGGCACACCAUGCUACUGAUAGACACUGCACACCGUGCCCAGACAGUGGUGAGAGACAGAAAGCCACAGAGGAAACACUGUCCCUGUCUGAACAUCCCAAGACCAGACAAAUAAUACUGGAAAUCACUAAGCUACACCGCCUGAGAGCAAAGUUCGCCGCAGUUUUGUCAGCCUUCCUGUUCCUAACCCAGAGAGACUGAAAACAGCCAAAGCCCUUGUAGACAAAGCUGUUAAGAUGCACAAGAUAUUCUCUGUCCAGGGCCCUUACCCCGUCAUCAGGGCAGCAUUGAGGGCCAGAGGCUGGGUUGAGCAGCGUAUACACCGCCCAAACCACCAUGCUCACCUGCGUCACAGCGAUGAGGGCAGAGCCAGCUCCAAUGACGCUGGUGACAGCGAUGAUGAUGACGACGAAGUCAAAAAAGAGCAGGAUCCAGAUGGACUAUAUGAUCUCAUGUCUCGCCUUGUGCGGAAUGAAUUGGUUUAUUUCUACUGGACAAACCGCAGAGACGCCAUCAACACAAACAGCCUGCAAAAAGAACAGAUUACCAAUCAUUUUGCAAAAGCAGGCAGCUUCACCACCAAGGCAGGGCUGUGUGUGAACUUGAGGAACCUGCACUGGUUUGAUUCAGCUGACCCAGACACCUUCUUCCCCCGUUGUUACAGAGUUGGAGCACAGGAUGAGAAGCAUGCUUUCAUUGAGGACUACCGGAGGACAGCCUGCACUAGUCUUUUGAAGUACAUUGUAGAGAGGGAGCAGGGUGUUCAGGGAGAGGGAACGAGCCACAACAUUCUGGCUGUUCAGGAUCAGCGGAAACAGAGCAAACGACGACCUAGACCAGUGGUCCUUUCCCAAAUCAUUACCAGUGCACUCAAAGUAUGCCAGGAGUUCCUGGAGAGUCUGGAGCAUAGUGACAUAGACAUAAGCUUGGAGACAGCACAAACGCUUACCAAGGAGGAGUGGGGAGAGUUUAUUCACAGUUACUACCUUGUUGUACAUGGCAGAGCAGAGAUCGAGAGCAGUGAUCAUUUUGUGACCUGCUGCAAGGCCAUGCUACAGAGGCUGGUGGAGGUCAGCCCACAGCUGGACAUAGAUGGCAUUCACAACAUCUGGAUCAUCAAACCUGGAGCUAAGUCCAGGGGUAGAGGUAUCAAAUGCGCCAAGCGUCUGGAUCAGAUCCUCCGGCUGGUGGACGGUGAUCCAACCCUAAUCAAGGAAAGCAAGUGGGUGGUGCAGAAGUACCUGGAGCGACCCCUGCUUAUCCAUGGCACCAAAUUUGACGUGCGGCAGUGGUUCCUAGUCACUGACUGGAACCCUCUGACUGUGUGGUUCUAUAAAAAGUGCUACAUGCGCUUCUCUACGCAGCCUUACUCGCUAGAUACACUCGACAGCUCUGUCCACCUGUGCAAUAACUCCAUCCAGAAGCACCUGAGGCCCUCCCAACAACGCCAUCGAGGUAUCCCAUCAGACAACAUGUGGUCGGAUGACCAGUUCAGGACCUUUCUGUCCAGCCAGGGCCAGGAUGGUCAGUGGCAGACUGUGGUAGUCCCGGGGAUGAAGAGUGCUGUGAUCCAUGCAUUACAGACUACACAGGAUCUCAUGGAGUCACGCAAAAACACAUUUGAGCUCUAUGGCGCUGACUUCAUGUUAGGUCGUGACCUGCGUCCAUGGCUGAUAGAAAUCAAUGCCAGUCCCACUAUGGCUCCUUCCACCCCUGUGACAGCACGUCUCUGUGCUGCUGUGCAGGAAGACACAUUACGAGUUGUCCUGGACCGGAGAACAGACCGCACUGCAAACACUGGAGACUUUCAGCUCGUAUAUAGGCAGGCAACAGUAGAAGUACCACAGUAUGUAGGAAUCAACCUGCUUGUUGAGGGCUUCAAGAUCAAAUGCCCCUGCCCACUUCCUCCACUGAGAUCCUCCAACCGGCCAGCACCAAAACACCGGCGGCCCAUCAAGGAGAAGGAACCUGACAAAGUAAAGUCUCUACCUAAGAUACUGUCGAAGAGUGCAGAGACUCCGCUUCAAAACACCAGUAGUAGGGUUCUGCCACCUCCUCCGGUUCCUCCUGAGCCUCCUGUGCCUGUCCCUAUUGAAACCUUCACACUUCACUUGCCAAUGACUGUGACAUCCAUCCACCUGCCAAUUAGUGCCCAGUCUCACUCUGUAUUUCUGUGGAAGAGCAGACCAGAGGUAUCGAAAGGCUGCUCAGAGAAAGUCCAGCCCUGUACCAUAGAGAAUGAUCAAGGUCCUUCUUUGCCUCUGGAGAUUACCGUUCAAAAACAGUCCAGAGAAGCAGCCACCAGCACCUUGAGUACCUAAAAAAACAAAAAAACAAAUUCAAUCCAAAAGAAGGUUUGUUGACCAACUCAUUCACAUGCUCCUUCAGUUUGAACUUUCUUGUUGCAGGGUUUUUUGGCCUACCUCAUGAUAAAGUCCGUAUUUUACAGAUUCCCAUGUCUUUUUUUCCACUCAUUACUUUCUUUUACAAUUAUUUAGAUUUCAGAGUUUGGUUUAACACAACAGUGGCCCUGUUAUUUUGAACCUUAUUUAGGUUUAUUUAGGGACUAUUUUUUUUGGUAGAAGGUAGUUUGAUUACAUGUUCAUGAUGUGGAUUAUCCAGAGUUAGCAAUGUUGUUUCUUUCUUUCUUAAAUGCCAUCAGUGUUGUGAGUAUCAGAAACAAAAGUACAUUCACCCCCAUUGUAUUGUGGUGUUGUCAACAAUGUAGCUAAAUAAAAACAAAACACACUGAUGCA